AUGGCAAAAGGGAAGGAUGGAGGAAGCAGGCAGCUGGAAGAGGCGAUAGAAGAAGCAGCAAAAACACCCUUCGCACGACUGAUAUUUUUAGUAACAAUACCAACAAAGUGCACACUAUCCACAUUUCCUAACAUCUUUGAUGGGUCUACAUGUGCAGUCCAGCAUAUAAAUGCGUACAGCUUAGCUUUGCUACAAUACGAGGAUAACGACGCGGUCUUAUGCAAGUAUUUCUUGGCAAGCCUCACAGGAGAAGCUUUGAAGUGGUUCGAUGGAUUUCCAGUAGGUUCAGUAAGAUCAUUCCAGCAGUUCCAGAGUUUUUUCUUGGGACAAUACAUCAGCAACAAUAUGCUAAGGCCAGAAAUCGAGAAAGUAUUCAGCCUACGAAGGAGAACGAAUGAAAGCCUGCGAGCCACUACCACUAGAUGGAGGACAAUGUGUAGCAAAAUGGCAGGACGAGUGGAGGAAAGAAAUUUCAUCUUAGCAUUCAUCAAUGCACUAUUUCCAACUGAGUUGUUGUAUACACAUAUAUUCAGGAUGAAAGAUAGAAUAACGAUGGCAGAGCUGCGCGAGUACCAGGAAGAGUAUAUUGCUCUUGAAGAAAAAAAGACAGAUAUGGAGUCUUACCCAGUUGCAGUUACGAGCGAAAGGGAAGGAAAUGCGAGUCUAUUACCAAGAAUGGAAAACGCUGUUGGGAGCACUUCGCAGGGAAGCAAAGAGAAAAUAAUCAUAGAAUAUCAACAAAAGCAGGUAUCGAUGAGUAGCAGAGAUCAAGAAAUGUAUGAGAGAGAGUACAUAGAAAGGCAAUACAAUAACCAUGGAGGAAACAACAAAGUUGCAAGACUCGAAAAUCAAGAAGAAGGAUACGGAGGAAACAAGAGAUACUACAAUCAAGGACCAGAUGGGAGCAGUAGAACCUAUGAAGAAAUCAGAGUGCCGCCUCUUAACACAACAGUGGAAAAAGUUUGGGAAGCUGUUAUAUUAAUGGAAGAGAUAACACCACUACCUAAUAUAGGGCAAGAACCACCAUUGGGGAGAAGAAGCAAAGAAUUUUGUGCUUAUCAUCGUUUCCAUGGCCACACAACGAAUAACUGCAAGAAUAUACAACGAAUCAUAUUAAGAAUGAUUGGACAAGGAAAGCUCAACCACUUCCUAGCUAAACCACUACCACCACCACCACCACCGCAACCAACAACGGGAGGACAGUCGUCAGGAGCGGACAAAGGAAAAAACACCUUUCUGAUAGAAGUGGGAGCGAAUGCCAAGAACCUACACUGUAAUUCAAUAGUACACUCAUUCAAAAGUAUAGAAGACUUUCAUGACAAUGUGUUGAGUCGCGUGUAUGCAAGGGAUGCUGAAGAAAGGAAAUACUCAACCUAG